GCCCGCCGCCCGCCCGGCCUGAGCCCCCUUCUUCCUAUUCCUAGACCUCAGCGCCGUCCCCUCGGGCCUCGACAUCAUGGGGGACGGAGGAGAGGGCGAGGAUGAGGUUCAGUUUCUGCGGACGGAUGAUGAGGUGGUCCUACAGUGCAGCGCCACCGUGCUCAAGGAGCAGCUUAAGCUCUGCCUGGCAGCCGAGGGCUUUGGCAACCGCCUCUGCUUCCUGGAGCCUACCAGCAAUGCCCAGAACGUGCCCCCCGAUCUGGCCAUCUGUUGCUUUGUCCUGGAGCAGUCGCUGUCCGUCCGAGCCCUGCAGGAGAUGCUGGCCAACACUGUGGAGGCCGGCGUGGAGUCAUCCCAGGGCGGGGGACACAGGACACUCCUGUAUGGCCAUGCCAUCCUGCUCCGACAUGCACACAGCAGCAUGUAUCUGAGCUGCCUCACUACUUCCCGCUCCAUGACCGACAAGCUGGCCUUCGACGUGGGACUGCAGGAGGAUGCAACAGGAGAAGCCUGUUGGUGGACGAUGCACCCAGCCUCCAAGCAGAGGUCCGAAGGAGAAAAGGUUCGAGUUGGGGAUGACCUCAUCCUCGUUAGUGUCUCCUCUGAGCGCUACCUGCACUUGUCAACAGCCAGUGGGGAGCUCCAAGUUGAUGCCUCCUUCAUGCAAACAUUGUGGAACAUGAACCCCAUCUCCUCUGGCUGUGAAGAGGGCUGUGUGACCGGGGGCCAUGUCCUCCGCCUCUUUCAUGGACACAUGGAUGAGUGUCUGACCAUUUCCCCUGCUGACAGUGAUGACCAGCGCAGGCUUGUCCACUAUGAGGGGGGAGCUGUGUGUACCCACGCCCGCUCCCUCUGGAGAUUGGAGCCUCUGAGAAUCAGCUGGAGUGGGAGCCACCUUCGCUGGGGCCAGCCGCUUCGCAUCCGCCAUGUCACCACGGGGCGGUACUUGGCACUCACUGAGGACCAGGGUCUGGUGGUGGUUGAUGCCAGCAAGGCCCACACCAAGGCCACCUCCUUCUGCUUCCGCAUCUCCAAGGAGAAGCUGGAUGUGGCCCCCAAGCGGGACGUGGAAGGCAUGGGUCCCCCUGAGAUCAAGUAUGGGGAGUCGCUGUGUUUUGUGCAGCAUGUGGCCUCAGGCCUGUGGCUCACCUAUGCUGCUCCGGACCCCAAGGCUCUGCGGCUCGGAGUGCUCAAGAAGAAGGCCAUGCUGCACCAGGAAGGCCACAUGGAUGACGCUCUGUCACUGACCCGCUGCCAGCAGGAGGAGUCCCAGGCUGCCCGCAUGAUCUACAGCACUGCUGGCCUGUACAACCAGUUCAUCAAGGGCCUGGACAGCUUCAGCGGGAAGCCGCGGGGCUCGGGGCCGCCGGCUGGCACCGCGCUGCCCAUCGAGGGCGUCGUCCUGAGCCUGCAGGACCUCAUCGGCUACUUCGAGCCGCCCUCCGAGGAGCUGCAGCACGAGGAGAAGCAAAGCAAGCUGCGCAGCCUGCGCAACCGGCAGAGCCUCUUCCAAGAGGAGGGGAUGCUCUCCCUGGUCCUGAAUUGCAUUGACCGCCUAAAUGUCUACACCACCGCUGCUCACUUCGCAGAAUUUGCCGGGGAGGAGGCAGCCGAGUCCUGGAAAGAGAUUGUGAACCUGCUCUACGAACUCCUGGCCUCUCUGAUCCGUGGCAAUCGUACCAAUUGUGCCCUCUUCUCCAACAAUUUGGAUUGGUUGGUCAGCAAGCUGGAUAGGCUGGAAGCCUCAUCUGGAAUCCUAGAGGUGCUGUACUGUGUCCUGAUUGAGAGUCCUGAAGUCUUAAAUAUCAUCCAAGAGAACCACAUCAAGUCCAUCAUCUCCCUUCUGGACAAGCAUGGGAGGAACCACAAGGUGCUGGACGUGCUGUGUUCCCUGUGUGUGUGUAAUGGCGUGGCUGUGCGCUCCAAUCAAGAUCUCAUUACCGAGAACUUGCUCCCUGGCCGUGAGCUUCUGCUGCAGACAAACCUCAUCAACUAUGUCACCAGCAUCCGCCCCAACAUCUUUGUGGGCCGAGCAGAGGGCUCUACACAGUACGGAAAAUGGUACUUUGAGGUGAUGGUGGACGAAGUGACUCCAUUCCUGACAGCUCAGGCCACCCACCUGCGGGUGGGCUGGGCCCUCACUGAGGGCUACAGCCCUUACCCUGGGGGUGGCGAGGGCUGGGGCGGCAACGGGGUUGGCGAUGACCUCUAUUCCUACGGCUUCGAUGGGCUGCAUCUCUGGACAGGACACGUGGCACGCCCAGUGACUUCCCCAGGUCAGCACCUCCUGGCCCCAGAGGAUGUGGUCAGCUGCUGCCUGGACCUCAGUGUUCCAUCCAUCUCCUUCCGCAUCAAUGGCUGUCCCGUACAGGGCGUCUUCGAGGCCUUCAACCUUGAUGGGCUCUUCUUCCCUGUCGUCAGCUUCUCAGCUGGUGUAAAGGUACGGUUCCUUCUUGGUGGCCGACAUGGUGAAUUCAAGUUCCUCCCCCCACCUGGCUAUGCCCCAUGCCAUGAGGCUGUGCUGCCGAGAGAGCGACUCCAUCUGGAACCCAUCAAGGAGUAUCGGCGGGAAGGACCCCGGGGGCCCCACUUGGUGGGCCCAAGCCGCUGCCUUUCACACACCGACUUUGUGCCCUGCCCCGUGGACACUGUCCAGAUUGUCCUGCCUCCCCAUCUGGAGCGGAUUCGGGAGAAGCUGGCAGAGAAUAUCCAUGAACUCUGGGCUCUGACUCGCAUUGAGCAGGGCUGGACCUAUGGCCCGGUUCGGGAUGACAAUAAGAGGCUGCACCCAUGUCUUGUGAACUUCCACAGCCUACCAGAGCCUGAGAGGAAUUACAACCUGCAGAUGUCGGGGGAGACACUCAAGACUCUGCUGGCUCUGGGCUGCCACGUGGGCAUGGCAGACGAGAAGGCGGAGGACAACCUGAAGAAGACAAAACUCCCGAAGACGUAUAUGAUGAGCAAUGGGUACAAACCAGCGCCGCUGGACCUGAGCCACGUGCGGCUAACGCCAGCACAGACGACACUGGUGGACCGGCUGGCAGAGAAUGGGCACAAUGUGUGGGCCCGCGACCGUGUGGCCCAGGGCUGGAGCUACAGUGCUGUGCAGGACAUCCCUGCACGCCGAAACCCUCGCCUGGUGCCCUACCGCCUGUUGGAUGAGGCCACCAAGCGCAGCAACAGGGACAGCCUCUGCCAAGCUGUGCGCACCCUGCUGGGUUAUGGCUACAACAUUGAGCCGCCUGACCAGGAGCCCAGUCUGGUAGAGAGCCAGUCCCGUUGGGAUCGAGUGCGCAUCUUCCGGGCAGAGAAAUCCUAUGCGGUGCAGAGUGGUCGCUGGUACUUCGAGUUUGAGGCAGUCACCACAGGCGAGAUGCGAGUGGGCUGGGCGAGGCCCGAGCUGCGGCCUGACGUGGAGUUGGGAGCUGAUGAGCUGGCCUAUGUCUUCAACGGGCAUCGCGGCCAGCGCUGGCACUUGGGCAGUGAACCAUUUGGGCGUCACUGGCAGUCAGGUGAUGUUGUGGGCUGCAUGAUUGACCUCACAGAGAACACCAUUAUCUUCACCCUCAAUGGCGAGAUCCUCAUGUCCGAUUCAGGUUCCGAAACAGCCUUCCGCGAUAUUGAGAUUGGCGAUGGUUUCCUGCCGGUCUGUAGCUUGGGACCCGGCCAGGUGGGUCAUCUGAACCUGGGCCAGGAUGUGAGCUCCCUGCGGUUCUUUGCCAUCUGCGGUCUUCAGGAAGGCUUUGAGCCAUUUGCCAUCAACAUGCAACGCCCGGUCACCACCUGGUUCAGCAAAAGCCUUCCCCAGUUUGAGGCCGUGCCACUUGAGCACCCCCACUAUGAGGUGGCCCGUGUGGAUGGCACUGUGGAUACACCCCCCUGCCUGCGCCUGACCCACCGAACCUGGGGCUCCCAGAACAGUCUGGUGGAGAUGCUCUUUCUUCGCCUGAGCCUUCCAGUCCAGUUCCAUCAGCACUUCCGCUGCACUGCGGGGGCCACCCCUCUGGCAUCCCCUGGCCUGCAGCCCCCUGCUGAGGAUGAAGCCUGGGCAGCAGAGCCUGACACAGACUAUGAAAACCUGCGCCGCUCAGCUGGGCGCUGGGGUGAAGCUGAGGGGGGUAAAGAGGGAACUGCCAAGGAGGGGACACCUGGGGGCACCCUCCAGGCUGGGGCAGAGGCCCAGCCUGCCAGGGCGGAAAAUGAGAAAGAUGCUACCACAGAGAAGAACAAGAAGAGGGGGUUCUUAUUCAAGGCCAAAAAGGCUGCCAUGAUGACCCAGCCACCAGCCACUCCGGCUCUGCCCCGACUCCCUCGAGAGGUGGUACCUGCUGACAACCGUGAUGACCCUGAGAUCAUCCUCAACACCACCACGUACUAUUACUCCGUGAGGGUCUUUGCUGGCCAGGAACCCAGCUGCGUGUGGGUGGGCUGGGUCACCCCUGACUACCAUCAGCACGACAUGAACUUCGACCUCACCAAGGUCCGGGCAGUGACAGUGACCAUGGGGGAUGAACAAGGCAACGUCCAUAGCAGCCUCAAGUGCAGCAACUGCUACAUGGUGUGGGGCGGAGACUUUGUGAGCUCCGGGCAGCAGGGCCGGAUCAGCCACACAGACCUUGUCAUUGGCUGCCUGGUGGACUUGGCCACUGGCCUGAUGACCUUUACAGCCAAUGGCAAAGAGAGCAACACCUUUUUCCAGGUGGAACCCAACACGAAGCUCUUUCCUGCUGUCUUUGUCCUGCCCACCCACCAGAAUGUCAUCCAAUUUGAGCUGGGGAAGCAGAAGAACAUCAUGCCGCUGUCUGCCGCCAUGUUUCUGAGUGAGCGCAAGAACCCGGCCCCGCAGUGCCCACCGCGGCUCGAGGUGCAGAUGCUGAUGCCCAUCUCGUGGAGCCGCAUGCCCAACCACUUCCUGCAGGUGGACACGCGGCGUGCUGGAGAGCGACUGGGCUGGGCCGUGGAGUGCCAGGAGCCACUGAUCAUGAUGGCGCUGCACAUCCCUGAGGAGAACCGGUGCAUGGACAUCCUGGAGCUGUCGGAGCGCCUGAACCUGCAGCGCUUCCACUCCCACACACUCCGCCUCUACCGCGCAGUGUGCGCCCUGGGCAACAACCGCGUGGCGCAUGCUCUGUGCAGCCACGUGGACCAGGCGCAGCUGCUGCACGCCCUGGAAGACGCGCACCUGCCUGGCCCUCUGCGCGCUGGCUACUACGACCUCCUCAUCAGCAUCCACCUGGAGAGUGCCUGCCGCAGCCGCCGCUCCAUGCUCUCCGAGUACAUCGUGCCCCUCACGCCUGAGACCCGAACAAUCACCCUCUUCCCACCUGGAAAAAGCACGGAUAAUGGUCCCCGCCGCCACGGCUUUCCUGGCGGGGGCAUCACCACCUCCCUGCGACCUCCACACCAUUUCUCACCGCCUUGUUUCGUGGCUGCCUGACGGCUACUGGGAUGGCGGAAAGUUCCAGCCCGCCUCAGCCCCAGCAUCCCGCUGGAGGCCCUGCGGGACAAAGCACUGAGAAUGCUGGGGGAGGCAGUGCGCGAUGGUGGGCAGCACGCACGCGACCCUGUCGGGGGCUCUGUGGAGUUCCAGUUUGUCCCUGUGCUCAAGCUUGUGUCCACCCUGCUGGUGAUGGGCGUCUUUGGCGAUGAGGAUGUGAAACAGAUAUUGAAGAUGAUUGAGCCUGAAGUAUUCACUGAGGAACAAGAGGAAGAGGAGGAAGAGGAGGAGGAAGAAGAAGAUGAAGAGGAGAAGGAGGAGGACGAGGAGGAAGAGUCACAGGAGAAGGAAGAUGAGGAGAAAGAGGAAGAGGAGACAGCAGAAGAGGAAAAAGAAGGCUUGGAGGAGGGGCUUCUUCAGAUGAAGUUGCCAGAGUCUGUGAAAUUACAGCUGGAGGGGAAGGAGGAGGAGCCAGAGGAAGAGGUCACCCUGGGCAGCCGCCUGAUGAGCCUGUUGGAGAAAGUGCGGCUGGUGAAGAAGAAGGAGGAGAAACCUGAGGAGGAGCUGCCUGCUGAGGAGAGCAAACCCCGUGAGAACUGGGCCAUUAGGGAGAGGGCUGAGGUGGGGCAGGCAGCCCUGUGCUUGGGGAACCUCUGGGUUCAAGACAGCUAUGAGGAGAACAUCAUGAACAACAAAGUUUUCUACCAGCACCCAAAUCUGAUGAGGGCACUGGGCAUGCAUGAAACAGUCAUGGAGGUCAUGGUGAAUGUCCUUGGGGGUGGCGAAUCCAAGGAGAUCCGCUUCCCCAAGAUGGUGACAAGUUGCUGCCGCUUCCUCUGUUACUUCUGCCGCAUUAGCAGGCAGAACCAGCGCUCCAUGUUUGACCACCUGAGCUACCUGCUGGAGAACAGUGGCAUUGGCCUGGGCAUGCAGGGCUCCACACCCCUGGACGUGGCAGCUGCCUCUGUCAUUGACAACAAUGAGCUGGCCUUGGCGUUGCAGGAGCAGGACUUGGAGAAGGUGGUGUCCUACCUGGCUGGCUGUGGCCUCCAGAGUUGCCCCAUGCUCCUGGCCAAAGGGUACCCAGACAUCGGCUGGAACCCCUGCGGCGGUGAGCGCUACCUGGAUUUUCUGCGUUUUGCUGUCUUCGUCAACGGUGAGAGUGUGGAGGAGAACGCUAAUGUGGUGGUGCGGCUACUCAUCCGCAAGCCCGAGUGCUUUGGGCCGGCCCUUCGGGGCGAGGGUGGCUCGGGACUGCUGGCUGCCAUCGAAGAGGCCAUCCGCAUCUCUGAGGACCCUGCGAGGGACGGCCCCGGUGUCCGCAGGGACCGGAGGCGUGAGCACUUUGGGGAGGAGCCCCCUGAGGAAAACCGGGUGCACCUGGGACACGCCAUCAUGUCCUUCUACGCUGCCUUGAUUGAUCUUCUUGGACGCUGUGCACCAGAGAUGCAUCUGAUCCAAGCCGGCAAGGGGGAGGCCCUGCGGAUCCGUGCCAUCCUGCGCUCCCUUGUGCCCCUGGAUGACCUCGUGGGCAUCAUCAGCCUCCCACUGCAGAUCCCCACCCUGGGCAAAGAUGGGGCCCUGGUACAGCCGAAGAUGUCCGCAUCCUUUGUGCCAGACCACAAGGCAUCCAUGGUGCUCUUCCUGGACCGUGUGUAUGGCAUUGAGAACCAGGACUUCUUGCUGCAUGUGCUGGACGUGGGAUUCUUGCCCGACAUGAGGGCAGCUGCCUCACUGGACACGGCCACGUUCAGCACUACUGAGAUGGCGCUGGCGCUGAACAGAUACCUGUGCCUGGCGGUGCUGCCGCUCAUCACCAAGUGUGCGCCGCUCUUUGCGGGAACCGAGCACCGCGCCAUCAUGGUGGACUCCAUGCUGCACACCGUGUACCGCCUGUCCCGGGGCCGCUCCCUCACCAAAGCGCAGCGUGACGUCAUCGAGGACUGCCUCAUGGCGCUCUGCAAGUACAUCCGCCCGUCCAUGCUGCAGCACCUGCUGCGGCGCCUGGUGUUCGACGUGCCCAUCCUUAAUGAGUUCGCGAAGAUGCCGCUCAAGCUUCUUACCAACCACUAUGAGCGCUGUUGGAAGUACUACUGCCUGCCCACAGGCUGGGCCAACUUCGGCAUCACUUCGGAGGAAGAGCUGCACCUCACAAGGAAACUCUUCUGGGGCAUCUUUGAUUCGCUGGCACACAAGAAGUAUGACCCAGAGCUGUACCGCAUAGCUAUGCCUUGUCUGUGCGCCAUCGCAGGGGCCCUGCCCCCUGACUACGUGGAUGCCUCAUACUCGUCCAAGGCUGAGAAAAAGGCUACAGUGGAUGCUGAAGGCAACUUUGAUCCUCGGCCUGUGGAGACCCUCAAUGUGAUCAUCCCAGAGAAGCUGGACUCCUUCAUUAACAAGUUCGCAGAGUACACACAUGAGAAGUGGGCCUUCGACAAGAUCCAGAAUAACUGGUCGUAUGGGGAGAACGUAGAUGAGGAGCUGAAGACCCACCCCAUGCUGAGGCCAUAUAAGACCUUUUCAGAGAAGGACAAAGAGAUUUAUCGAUGGCCUAUCAAGGAGUCCUUGAAAGCCAUGAUUGCCUGGGAAUGGACCAUAGAGAAAGCCAGGGAGGGUGAGGAGGAGAAGACGGAGAAGAAGAAAACAAGGAAGAUCUCCCAAAGUGCCCAGACCUAUGAUCCGAGAGAAGGCUACAACCCCCAACCACCCGACCUCAGCGGAGUUACCCUGUCCCGGGAGCUGCAGGCUAUGGCAGAACAGCUGGCGGAAAAUUACCACAACACAUGGGGGCGGAAGAAGAAGCAGGAGCUGGAAGCCAAGGGUGGUGGGACCCACCCUCUGCUGGUCCCCUACGACACUCUCACUGCCAAGGAGAAGGCACGAGAUAGAGAGAAGGCCCAGGAGCUGCUGAAGUUCCUGCAGAUGAAUGGCUAUGCAGUCACCAGAGGCCUUAAAGACAUGGAGCUGGAUACAUCUUCCAUUGAGAAACGGUUCGCCUUUGGCUUCCUGCAGCAGUUGCUACGCUGGAUGGACAUUUCCCAGGAGUUUAUCGCCCACCUGGAGGCUGUGGUCAGCAGUGGACGAGUAGAAAAGUCCCCACACGAACAGGAGAUUAAGUUCUUUGCCAAGAUCCUGCUCCCUUUGAUCAACCAAUAUUUCACCAACCACUGCCUGUAUUUCUUGUCCACUCCGGCCAAAGUGCUGGGCAGUGGUGGCCAUGCCUCCAAUAAGGAGAAGGAAAUGAUCACCAGCCUCUUCUGCAAGCUUGCUGCUCUUGUUCGUCACCGCGUCUCUCUCUUUGGGACGGAUGCCCCAGCUGUUGUCAACUGUCUUCACAUCCUGGCACGCUCCCUGGAUGCCAGGACGGUGAUGAAGUCAGGCCCUGAGAUCGUGAAGGCUGGCCUCCGUUCCUUCUUUGAGAGUGCCUCGGAGGACAUCGAGAAGAUGGUCGAGAACCUGAGGCUGGGCAAGGUGUCACAGGCGCGCACACAGGUGAAGGGUGUGGGCCAGAACCUCACCUACACCACCGUGGCCCUGCUGCCUGUCCUCACCACCCUCUUCCAGCACAUCGCCCAGCACCAGUUUGGAGAUGAUGUCAUCCUGGAUGACGUCCAGGUCUCAUGCUACCGAACACUGUGCAGCAUCUACUCUCUGGGAACAACCAGAAACUCUUAUGUGGAAAAGCUACGGCCAGCCCUCGGGGAGUGCCUGGCCCGCCUGGCAGCGGCCAUGCCUGUGGCGUUUCUGGAACCUCAGCUGAACGAGUAUAAUGCCUACUCAGUGUACACCACCAAGUCUCCCCGGGAGCGGGCCAUCUUGGGGCUCCCCAACAGCGUGGAGGAGAUGUGUCCUGACAUCCCAGUGCUGGAGCGGCUCAUGGCAGACAUCGGGGGGCUGGCCGAGUCGGGGGCCCGCUACACAGAGAUGCCACAUGUCAUCGAGAUCACCCUUCCCAUGCUGUGCAGCUACCUGCCCCGCUGGUGGGAGCGCGGGCCUGAGGUGCCCCCACCCACCCUGCCCGCUGGGGUCCUCCCACCCUGCACAGCUGUCACCUCUGACCACCUCAACUCCCUGUUGGGGAAUAUCCUUCGAAUCAUCGUCAAUAACCUGGGCAUUGACGAGGCCUCGUGGAUGAAACGGCUUGCUGUGUUUGCCCAGCCCAUUGUGAGCCGGGCCCGGCCGGAGCUCCUGCACUCACACUUUAUCCCAACCAUUGGGCGGCUGCGCAAGCGGGCGGGGAAGGUGGUGGCCGAGGAGGAGCAGCUGCGCCUGGAGGCCAAGGCAGAAGCCGAGGAGGGUGAGCUCCUUGUGCGGGACGAGUUCUCUGUGCUCUGCCGGGACCUGUAUGCCCUCUAUCCACUGCUCAUCCGCUACGUGGACAACAACAGGGCGCACUGGCUGACGGAGCCCAAUCCCAACGCUGAAGAGCUGUUCAGGAUGGUGGGCGAGAUCUUUAUCUACUGGUGCAAGUCCCACAACUUCAAGCGUGAGGAGCAGAAUUUCGUGGUCCAGAAUGAGAUCAACAACAUGUCGUUUCUGACUGCCGACAACAAGAGCAAAAUGGCCAAGGCAGGAGACGUACAGUCAGGUGGCUCAGACCAGGAACGCACCAAGAAGAAGCGCAGGGGGGACCGGUACUCUGUGCAGACAUCGCUGAUUGUGGCCACACUCAAGAAGAUGCUGCCUAUCGGCCUGAACAUGUGUGCACCCACUGACCAGGACCUCAUUGCGCUGGCCAAGACCCGCUAUGCUUUGAAAGACACGGAUGAGGAGGUCCGGGAAUUUCUGCAUAACAAUCUUCACCUUCAAGGAAAGGUGGAGGGCUCCCCUUCUCUGCGAUGGCAGAUGGCCCUGUACCGGGGCCUCCCAGGCCGCGAGGAGGACGCGGACGACCCUGAAAAGAUCGUGCGCAGAGUCCAGGAAGUGUCUGCGGUGCUCUACCACCUGGAGCAGGUCGAGCACCCUUUCAAGUCCAAGAAGGCUGUGUGGCACAAGCUCUUGUCCAAGCAGCGCCGGAGGGCGGUUGUUGCCUGUUUCCGCAUGACCCCCCUGUACAACCUGCCCACGCACCGGGCAAGUAAUAUGUUCCUGGAGAGGUACAAGGCCACAUGGAUCCUGACUGAAGACCACAGUUUUGAGGACCGCAUGAUAGAUGACCUUUCAAAAGCUGGGGAGCAGGAGGAGGAAGAGGAAGAAGUGGAGGAGAAGAAGCCAGACCCCCUGCACCAACUGGUCCUGCACUUUAGCCGCACUGCCUUGACUGAAAAGAGCAAACUGGAUGAGGAUUACCUGUACAUGGCGUAUGCUGAUAUCAUGGCAAAGAGCUGUCACCUGGAGGAGGGAGGGGAGAACGGCGAAGGUGAAGAAGAGGUUGAGGUUUCAUUUGAGGAGAAAGAGAUGGAGAAGCAGAGGCUCCUGUACCAGCAGGCACGGCUGCACAACCGAGGGGCGGCGGAGAUGGUGCUGCAGAUGAUCAGUGCCUGCAAAGGAGAGACGGGAGCCAUGGUGUCCUCCACCCUGAAGCUGGGCAUCUCCAUCCUAAAUGGGGGCAAUGCUGAUGUGCAGCAGAAAAUGCUGGAUUAUCUGAAGGACAAGAAGGAAGUUGGCUUCUUCCAGAGUAUCCAGGCGCUGAUGCAGACAUGCAGCGUCCUGGAUCUCAAUGCCUUCGAGAGACAGAACAAGGCAGAAGGGCUGGGCAUGGUGAAUGAGGACGGAACUGGAGAGAAGGUCAUGGCAGAUGAUGAAUUCACCCAAGACCUAUUUCGAUUCCUGCAAUUGCUCUGUGAGGGGCAUAAUAAUGAUUUCCAAAACUACCUACGGACGCAGACAGGGAACACGACCACUAUUAACAUCAUCAUCUGCACGGUGGACUACCUCCUGCGGCUGCAGGAGUCCAUCAGCGAUUUCUACUGGUACUACUCUGGCAAGGAUGUCAUUGAGGAGCAGGGCAAGAGGAACUUUUCCAAGGCCAUGUCGGUGGCUAAACAGGUGUUCAACAGCCUCACUGAGUACAUCCAGGGCCCCUGCACCGGGAACCAGCAGAGCCUGGCGCACAGCCGCCUCUGGGACGCCGUGGUGGGAUUCCUGCACGUGUUUGCCCACAUGAUGAUGAAGCUAGCUCAGGACUCGAGCCAAAUCGAGCUGCUGAAGGAGCUGCUGGACCUGCAGAAGGACAUGGUGGUGAUGCUGCUGUCACUGCUGGAAGGGAACGUGGUGAAUGGCAUGAUUGCCCGGCAGAUGGUGGACAUGCUGGUGGAAUCCUCAUCCAACGUGGAGAUGAUCCUCAAGUUCUUUGACAUGUUCUUGAAACUCAAGGACAUCGUGGGCUCAGAAGCCUUCCAGGACUAUGUCACUGAUCCUCGUGGCCUCAUUUCCAAGAAGGACUUCCAGAAGGCCAUGGACAGCCAGAAGCAGUUCAGCAGUCCGGAAAUCCAGUUCCUGCUGUCGUGCUCUGAAGCGGAUGAAAACGAGAUGAUCAACUGUGAGGAGUUCGCCAACCGCUUCCAGGAGCCAGCCCGCGAAAUCGGCUUCAACGUGGCGGUGCUGCUGAUCGACCUGUCAGAGCAUGUGCCGCACGACCCGCGCCUGCGCAACUUCCUGGAGCUGGCCGACAGCAUCCUGGAGUACUUCCGGCCCUACCUGGGCCGCAUCGAGAUCAUGGGCGCCUCUCGCCGCAUUGAGCGCAUCUAUUUCGAGAUCUCAGAGACCAACCGCACCCAGUGGGAGAUGCCCCAGGUGGAUGGAGAAGAAGAGGAGCUGCCUCCAGAACCAGAGCCAGAACCUGAGCCGGAGCCCGAGAAAGCUGAUGCUGAGAACGGGGAGAAGGAAGAAGUCCCCGAGCCUCCACCAGACCCCCCCAAGAAGACAGCACCUCCUCCACCCCAUUCAAAGAAGGAGGACACCAAAGGUGGGGGCCUGGAAUUCUGGGGAGAACUGGAAGUGCAGAGGGUGAAGUUCUUGAACUACCUCUCCCGGAACUUUUACACCCUGCGAUUCCUUGCCCUCUUCUUGGCAUUUGCCAUCAACUUCAUCUUGCUGUUUUAUAAGGUCUCAGACUCCCCGCCAGGGGAGGAUGACUUGGAAGGCUCAGCAGCUGGGGACCUGGCAGGCACAGGGUCUGGUGGUGGCUCUGGCUGGGGCUCAGGAGUCGGUGAAGAAGCAGAGGGCGACGAGGAUGAGAAUAUGGUGUAUUACUUCCUGGAGGAGAGCACGGGCUACAUGGAGCCUGCCCUGCGUUGCCUGAGCCUGCUGCACACACUGGUGGCCUUUCUCUGCAUCAUUGGCUACAACUGCCUCAAGGUGCCCCUGGUAAUCUUUAAGCGGGAGAAGGAGCUGGCCCGGAAGCUGGAAUUUGACGGCCUCUACAUCACUGAGCAGCCUGAGGACGACGAUGUGAAGGGGCAGUGGGACCGACUGGUGCUUAACACGCCGUCUUUCCCCAGCAACUACUGGGACAAGUUUGUCAAGAGGAAGGUCCUGGACAAGCACGGGGACAUCUAUGGGCGGGAGCGAAUCGCCGAACUGCUGGGCAUGGAUCUGGCCUCGCUGGAGAUCUCAGUCCACCAUGAGCGCAAGCCUGAACCACCACCGGGGCUGCUUACCUGGCUCAUGUCCAUUGACAUCAAGUACCAGAUCUGGAAGUUUGGGGUCAUCUUUACAGACAAUUCUUUCCUGUACCUGGGCUGGUACAUGGUGAUGUCCCUCCUGGGACACUACAACAACUUCUUCUUUGCUGCCCACCUCCUGGAUAUGGCCAUGGGAGUCAGCACUGCGCACAUCCUCUCCUGCGUCACCCACAAUGGGAAACAGCUGGUGAUGACGGUCGGCCUGCUGGCAGUGGUGGUUUACCUGUACACUGUGGUGGCCUUCAACUUCUUCCGCAAGUUCUACAACAAGAGCGAGGAUGAGGACGAGCCCGACAUGAAGUGUGAUGACAUGAUGACAUGUUACUUGUUUCACAUGUAUGUGGGUGUCCGAGCUGGUGGGGGCAUUGGGGAUGAGAUUGAGGACCCAGCCGGUGAUGAAUACGAGCUGUAUCGAGUGGUCUUCGACAUCACCUUCUUCUUCUUUGUCAUCGUCAUCCUGCUGGCCAUCAUCCAGGGUCUGAUCAUUGAUGCUUUUGGUGAGCUCCGAGACCAGCAAGAACAAGUGAAGGAAGAUAUGGAGACCAAGUGCUUCAUCUGUGGCAUUGGCAGUGAUUACUUUGAUACCACACCCCAUGGGUUUGAGACUCACACGCUAGAGGAGCACAACCUGGCCAAUUACAUGUUUUUCCUGAUGUACCUGAUAAACAAGGAUGAGACAGAACACACAGGUCAGGAGUCCUACGUGUGGAAGAUGUACCAAGAGAGAUGCUGGGAUUUCUUCCCAGCUGGCGAUUGUUUCCGCAAGCAGUAUGAGGACCAGCUUAACUGAGUCACCCCCAGCUGGCCCUUCACCCCCGCCUCAAGUGCCUUACUCUCACAGCAAGCCCCUUAGCCCACAGGCUCCUCCCCACAAGGCCCCUGGGGGGAGGGUAACCAUGUACUGGAGAAAUAAAAUCUCUGCUACACCCCUGA